AUAAGGGACCCCGACCAACGGAUCCGAAUAUCUCGCGAUUUUCUAUCGCAUUGUAAUUAAAUCCACCGUGCCAUUGUCGCAUCGCGUUAAUUACCACAAGAUUAUAAUUAUUUGCUUUAUUUAUGUGAUAACCCUAUUAUCUAUCCAAAUCGACGAACAUGUCCGAUAAAAUGCAGAACAUAAAGGACGAUGGAGACAAGCAAAACAUAAAUAAAUCUAUAAAUAAUACAAGUUACCAAUUCCAUGGAAUGGAAUUACUUCCAUAUUCACCCGCGCUUACAUCACCGUUUAAUUACAUGCCUGUAGUUACAAGUAACUUUCAACCACCACUUCAACCAUUCUUCCAACUUAUACGAAACCCGAUAAACAUCGAUGUACAUCGACUACAGGAUGAAUAUCAUUUUGCGCAUUCUAUACAACAACGGAAUAUGUUGCUUGCGUAUAAACCAAAGCCAUCAUUCAUCAACAUCACACCAUCUCAUUUGUUUCCAUCUCUCUCGGUACCCAUGAUAGAACCUGCACCAGGACCAUCAAGUAGUCAACUGCAUAAUUCACAGUUAUUGGAAGUGGUUCAAGUUACAAAAAGCAAUAAAAACAAUUUUGAAAAUGUUAAAAAGAAUAAACCGAACUGGACGAAGAAUAAUAAGCUAAAACUGUUGAAGUUUGUAGCUAAACCUCACAAUAUCACAAGGAAACUCAAUGUAGACGCUACAGAAUUUAAGAUGUCCCGCAAUCACAAGGAAAAGUAUGAGAACUCCAACCCGCGUCGUAUGUAUACACUCAUGUGCCCUGAGGACUAUCAAUCGGGGAAGAAAUCUCAUUGGUCGGAGUUGGAGAUAACAGGCAGUAUACGAAAUUUGAGCCCCAAUUUGUGGCAAAUGACUCAUCUAACAGCUCUGUAUCUGAAUGAUAAUAGUCUGCAAAGGUUGCCAUCUGAGAUCGGCCGUCUUGUUAGCUUGCGUAUUCUAGAUCUGAGUAGCAAUAAGCUGCGCAGUCUGCCUGCUGAAAUAAAUUUGUUAUUAUAUUGUUCCAGGGAGUUGUUAUUGAACCAAAACUUCCUUCGCGUGUUACCAUACGAACUAGGGAAGUUGUUCCAGUUACAAGUGCUAGGACUUCAAGGAAAUCCACUCAGCAAGGAUGUGAUGGCGUUAUAUGGAAAUGGAGAACCUACGGGGACGAACAAGCUGCUGACGUACAUGUUGGACAACUUACAAGUUACGGCCAAUCAUCCGCCCCAAAGACCAUGGAUUCCAUUGACGAGGCCGAAUAGGACAAGACCAACAUGUAUAUUCACGGUGAUGUGCUACAACGUGCUGUGCGACAAGUAUGCGACGCGGCAGAUGUACGGCUAUUGCCCGAGCUGGGCGUUGGACUGGGAGUACCGAAAAAAGGGUAUCCUCGACGAGAUACGGCACUACGCCGCGGAUAUCAUCAGCCUGCAGGAGGUCGAGACGGACCAAUUCUACAACUUCUUCCUGCCGGAGCUCAAGCAUGACGGUUACGACGGCAUAUUCUCACCCAAGUCCCGCGCGAAGACGAUGGCGGAGAACGAUCGCAAGUACGUCGACGGCUGCGCAAUUUUUUACAGGACCGCCAAAUUUUCUUUGAUAAAGGAGCAUUUAGUUGAAUUCAAUCAAUUGGCGAUGGCAAACGCGGAGGGUUCAGACAACAUGUUAAAUCGUGUUAUGCCAAAAGACAACAUUGGAUUGGCUGCAUUACUUAGGACUAAGGAAGCCGCUUGGGAUAACGGUGUUCCAUCUGACCCGGCACAGGUGCAACAACCAAUUUUAGUUUGUACGGCGCACAUUCAUUGGGAUCCCGAGUUCUGCGAUGUAAAACUAAUACAGACGAUGAUGCUAAGCAAUGAAUUACGUUCCAUUUUGGACCAAGCUGGCCAGUCUUUCAGACCCGGCCACAAGCCUGAUUCUUCCAACGUUCAACUGUUGCUUUGUGGCGACUUCAAUUCUUUACCUGAUUCUGGUGUGAUCGAGUUUCUUACAUCCGGACGCGUGGCGGCCGAUCAUCGUGAUUUUAAGGAUUUAGCAUAUAAAUCGUGUUUACAAAAGAUCUCUGGCUGCGAUAAACCCAACGAAUUCACGCAUUCUUUCAAGCUUGCAUCCGCCUAUAGCGAGGACAUUAUGCCCUACACCAACUACACAUUUGAAUUUAAAGGCAUAAUAGAUUACAUUUUCUAUUCGAAACAAAGUAUGGUGCCGCUGGGUCUCCUAGGUCCAUUGAGCCCAGAAUGGUUUAAAGAGCAUAAAGUGGUAGGAUGUCCUCAUCCUCAUGUUCCAUCGGAUCACUUUCCUCUGUUAGUGGAGUUAGAGAUGACACCGACAGUAGGAACAAGCAACGGUUUGAUCUCACGCAGGUAGCAGCCGCUGCGAUCUAGGCCCAAGUAACCGUAAGAAGACGAAAAAUCAAUAACGAAAAUAAAAAGGGGGGGAAAAAAAGGAUUUGCAUCACUUCUUCUCUACUUCUGGCUCUAGCAAUAUCACUCGCAUUACUCUUACUAUAAUAGCGAAUGUUACACACAAAUACUCCAUUGCCGCACAUUCAAUCAACAGCGAUCGCUGUCGACGGGAUACCGACGAACACAAUUCUAACGACCAGGUGAAGGGAGCCGUGUUGUAAUGCGUUUAGCUAGCCCAUGUAUAGUGUAUUGCAUUUUUAAGAACUAUCUUACUCCCAUGCCUAAAGAUUAUUGUAACCUCUCUAUUUACCAUCGUAAUAUGUGUAGAUACCUAUUUUCCUACAAAAAAAUAAUGAAAAUGAAAACGACGAUAUUCCGAUCAAGAAGCCUCUGUGAUAUCGACAUUUAACACAAUUGGAAACACAUUUACACAUUUAUUAGUAAACUAGUAGUGGUAUACUAGAGAGAGAGAGAGAGAGAGAGAGAGAGAGAAAGUGAGAAAGAGAGAGAGAGAGACACAUACCUUAAAGGGAAUCUCCCUUCGCCCCUUCCUAAAUGUCAUUACAACAUUCUCCAAGCCAACCUUUUGAUAAGAAUGCUGCCAUCCACACAAUGAGAAAAAAAAAGAAAAAAAUUGUAUUUUUAAAUGAAACGAAAACAAAAAAAGAUGUGAAAUACAUGCUAUACUGGGCUGUGCGAAGUGAUUGGAGUGAUCGACUUAAAACAAUUUCAAUGCAAGUACAAAUCUGUUCUUAUUGGCCACGUAUAUAUUGAUAUAAUAUGGUAAUGUUAUAUAAGGAGAACAAGAAAACA